CCGUCACGGCGACCCUAAAGCUUCCCUGCUGUUUGUCGUGCUACGCUAGACUUAAGACCGCACUUACGACCCUUCAAGACUUCAAUUUUCCAUCACCAUGGCUCAUUCUUAUUACUCGCCACGUCCUGUACGACGACACUCGUUCUCAGACAUGUCUCCUUCUCCUAUAGACGAUGAACUUUCUGGCGACUUGGAACAGUCAAUUUUCAUAUUUCCUAGUCCAAGGAUAGGAUCAGAACCGCCGAGUCCGUUAUCUAUCCCUACGGAUGUGAGCUUCCCUACUACUACCAGUACGGCGGAGAGGAGAGGGCGACGAACAAGUAGUGUGAGUGGUAUCUCGGAGUGGGCAACGUUCUCUGGGAGGAGUGUUAGCGCGGACACGUCUCUGCGUUCACCGAUUGUUGAGGUAUGGGAGAUGUCGGACGAAGCAGAACACGAACACGAGGAUUCAUCGAGAGGUGAAGAUACAACUGCUCAUACACCUUCAAAUGCCCCUAGUCGAUUGCAACUAUAUCAACAACGAUAUCCACUCGGCAGGCAACCUUUCCCGAAUACAUUCACGUAUUCCGAUGGGCGGUUCCAACUACGUCGUGGACGGAAGGAAAGCUGCGUAUCGACAAAGACUGGUCAAGAUAGUCUUGCUUCACUAGUAGUAUCCUUAUCGGCACAUGAUGCACCUGCUGCUCCCGCACGUCCUACACCGUAUCGUCUCCCUUUACUCGCAUUUUUCUCGUCACUACUCGUUAUAGACGAUACGACUCUACACCUCCUCACUCGUCCUUCCCAUCCGCACACCUCACCUCUCUUUCCCGGAUCACGAUUACACUCGAUCGACGACAAUGACACCAUCCUUGACGAAAAGCACGUUCUAUUCGAGUCACCUUCAGCGGCUCUGAAAGCAGGAAUAGAAGUAGCAACCGAUCCAUCCAUCACACGAGAGUCUAUCUUCGCUUUACCGUUACCUGCUCUAAAGUUCACGUACAUUUGGGAUCUGGUGGCGGGUGUAUGUAGGGCCAGCGUUCCGAGGAAGAUGCGAUUGCCAGCUAGAGCUUCUUAAUCGAUUACUGCCUUUUCCCUAUUCUACUGCAGCUUCUUGCAUUAAUUUUGUUGCUUUGGAACACUUCAUAUAAACUGCAUGGUUUAACUUUUUUUCGUAGUUCUUUCAUUCUUUCAUUAACACCC